CAGCUUCUGUUUCUCUGCACCGUCUCCUGGUUUGGCUUCUCGCUCUCCCUCACUCACUCACGCACUCACUCUCACGUGCUUGAUUUACCAAUCUCUACGUCAAAGGUGGCUCGGUGUGGUUCUGCUUGAGCACAGAAUUGCUCCAUAAUCCUCUCUCUCUCUCUCUCUCUCUCUGUCUGUGCUGCUCCAUUUACUCACACUCACACACACAUUACCAUAGAGAGCUGUCCCGACUUCCUCUGUCUCUCUGUCUCCUUCUCUCUCUGUUCCAUCUCAGCCUCCGCUCCAUACACAGCAUCCAGGAUGGAUGUACUAAUGAAGGGAUUUUCCAUGGCAAAAGAGGGAGUGGUUGCCGCCGCAGAGAAAACUAAAGCUGGGGUUGAAGAGGCGGCUCUCAAAACCAAAGAGGGCGUCAUGUAUGUAGGUACUAAGACAAAAGAGGGAGUUGUAUCAGGUGUCAACACAGUGACGAACAGGACUACAGAGCAGGCAAACAUAGUUGGCGACGCAGCAGUGGCGAGUGCUAAUGAAAUGGGACAGAAGUCUGUGGAGGGAGUGGAGAACGUGGCUGCGUCAACCGGUUUGGUGAAUCCAGAUGAACCCGUAUAUGAGGCGGACUUCUCCCAGGGCGGGAUGGAGGGUGGAGAUGGUGGCCAGGGUUAUUAGUCCUGAAGUCAAAAACAACACACUUUCGUUUCCCUCGACACUCAACAUUUGACAGUUUCCUCCUCAUCACUCCUGUCCUCUCAUCCCAGCAGCACUUCACACGGCUCUGAGAGUUUCUUUUUUUUUUUUGUGACAGUACAAAAAAACAAACAAACCGGAAUAUGUCUUUCCCAGGCUCCUGUUUGCGUGGUGUAAUGCUCUCGUUCCGUCAAAGCUCCAGUGUUGGUGUCGUCAUGCUGUUCUCCUGGUGUUGUCACCCUGAAUCCAGUUACAGAUUUCACACAUGAGCAAUGUUACUUUAAAUGUCAAAUAUGAAGAAGAGCUCAUGCUUGGCUAUGUGUAGUUUUGUGAACAUUUUUUGACUCCCGAAAUGUGAUUUAACGUUCAUCUAGGCAUUCGAAUUUAAAGACACUACAAUUUACAGUGUCAUAUCUUUCCUACGAGCAGAUUAAACAAGUAAGGUCAGUGAUGUGAACCUGUAGGAAAAUUAUCACGUGUUUAAAGGAUGGUGAC